GUUGCGGUCGUAUAAAAAGUGAUCUCCCUCUCUCUCUCUCUUAGGGUUACGAAUAGGGUGGAUUUUGCGACGACGAUGGUUAAGCAACAGAGUGGGUGCGGAAAGAAGAGAAAAGAAAAGCAGCAGAGUGGAUCGUUUGCAUCAAGAUUCGGAUUUGUUACGACAUUGGAGCGUGUAUAUCGUAUGGUGGACGAUCCAUCAACGGAUUCAAUCAUCUCUUGGAGUGAAAGCGGCAAGAGUUUCAUCGUUUGGGAUCCAACCGAGUUUUCCAGAGAUUUUCUACAGAGAACCUUUCAUCACAACAAAUUCUCUUCGUUUAUCGACAGGCUUGACUUUUACGGGAUUAAGAAAGUUGAGUCUUCAGAGCACUGUGAAUUUGCAGAUGAAGACUUUGUGAAAGGUGAACCUGAGCGUGUUAUGAAAAUCUAUGCCCGUGGUUCAGAUUCCGAUGAUGAUUCAGAUGAUGAAGUGACUGUCCUGAUGAAUUCUGAAUCAAAAGUCGUUACCAUCACGAAGACUGUCUCCAUGAAGAAGACGACGAAGAACAAAAAGACUAUUAUGAAGAAAAAGAAAGCAAUUGCGGAUGAGUUGCAAGUUUUGCAAAUUUGAAUUAAAAAGCAACAAGAUAUGCGUGUCAGCGUAACUCAUGGUUUGGAAUAUUGCCUUGUAUUUAUAUUAUACGUCGACUGACAACAAAACAUAUCGUUCUUAGUCUUUACUAUUAAAAGAAUUCUGAAUA